AGUAAUGUAAACUGUGAAGAAAGGAAGAAUACAAAAUGCAAAGAGGGAGUCAUCCCCAAUGGGGAUUCCCCAUAUAUUCUUUUUAGGAUGAGUCAGGUUAUCUUUUAAGAAGUUCUCUCUUCCUUCACCAAUCAGCAGCAUUUAAAAAGAAUCUGUUUUACGCAUCUAUCUAAAUUUGAGUUAGCAUCCUUCUUAAUGUUUUGUUUAGUGAUGGUUUAAUUACCUCAAAAACUUAACCUAAAAACUGUUGUAUGUAACGCUUUCAUUACUUUAGUGGAUGGCUAAUAUAGUCAGUCCUCUUCUCAAUCAGCUCACGUCUCACGUUGUUGAACUUGAGUUUAUUUGGUUGAGUGUGAAAGACUAUUUCGCAAAUCGAAUUUUUCGCAACAUUACAUAAUGAGCGAUAGUAGGAACAGUCAACAGUCAAGAAUUUGAGCAAUUGGAUUUUGAAUUAAUAUGAAGAGUACGUGUUUUCUUAGUUGAAAUAAUACACGACAGCAAUCAUAGUUUUUUUUAUAAUCACAUGUUUGAAUUCUUCGAAAUGGAUCAAUUUUUUGAUGAACUUCGAACUGAUGUCACAUCAGUGAUGUGUAGUUUGUGAAGGGAUGUGAUGUGAUAUGAGAGAUCUGCUUUACUCAAAGAUCUGAUUUAAAUAAUCUCUACUUCUCUAAUUGCCUUUAAGUAGGUCUGAUAAAAUAAAAUGGCAACUGUCAAGGUUGCUGUAAGGGUUCGGCCCUUGAACCAGAGAGAGAUAUCAAUGGCAGCUCAUCCAAUUAUUGAAAUGGAAGGCAAAAAGACUCGUAUAUGCAAUCACAAGGUGGCUGCAUCAAAACUGGAGGGCGAAGCAGCUCGUGAAAAGUACAAAGAUUUUACAUUCGACUUUUCUUAUUGGUCUUACGAUGAAAACGAUGAACAUUUUGCAUCUCAAGAACAAGUGUUUGAAGACCUUGGUAUGGAUGUGGUCCAUAAUGCUUUUGAAGGGUACAACGCCUGCGUAUUUGCAUACGGACAAACAGGAAGUGGGAAAACUCACACCAUGAUGGGGUCUGAGGAGGCACAGGGCCUAAUUCCAAGAAUAUGCAAGGACAUGUUCAAGCGAAUGCACCAAGGGAAAGAAAAAGGAACUACAUAUCGAACAGAAGUUAGUUAUUUAGAAAUUUACAACGAAAGGGUGAAAGACCUUCUAAGAGGAAAUCAGACUCAUAGCCUCAAAGUUCGUGAGCAUCCAAGACAGGGACCAUAUGUACAAGGCCUUUCCAAACACUUAGUAAUGGACUACGAUGAUAUCGUUGGAUUAAUGUCUACUGGAAAUUCCGCGAGAACUACGGCCUGCACAAAUAUGAAUGACGUUAGCAGUAGAAGUCAUGCAAUUUUUACAAUGACGUUUAUCCAAGCCAGCUUUGUAGGUGACAUGCCUUCGGAAACUGUUUCAAAAGUUCAUUUAGUAGAUCUCGCAGGAAGCGAGAGAGCAGAUGCAUCUGGUGCUACGGGGCAACGACUUAAAGAGGGAGCUCACAUUAAUAAGUCGCUGGUAACGUUGGGUUCUGUGAUUUCGGCCUUAGCCGAUGCUUCUCAAUCCCAGACUCAGGCAAAGAAGGUCUUCAUUCCAUAUCGUGAUUCCGUUUUAACCUGGUUGCUCAAGGACUCCCUCGGUGGAAAUGCAAAGACCAUAUGCAUAGCAACUAUUUCUCCUGCGGACUGUAAUUAUGCAGAAACUCUGAGCACACUACGGUAUGCAAAUAGAGCGAAAAAUAUUAUAAACAAACCCACCAUCAAUGAAGAUCCAAAUGUUAAGUUAAUCCGUGACCUGAGGAAUGAAAUUCAAAAGUUAAAGUCGAUGCUAGGAAGUGACGAUCCAUCCGACGUUCUGGCAGAACUUCAAAAGAAAGAAGCGAAAGAAAAAUCCCUCACGGAAGAAUGGACCGACAAGUGGAAGGAGACUCAGAAAAUUCUCAUGGAACAAAAAGAUUUGACAUUACGGAAGGCUGGACCUGGAGUAAUUUUAGAUUCUCAGAUGCCUCACUUGAUUGGCAUUGAUGAUGAUCUGCACAGCACUGGAAUCACAUUAUAUCACCUCAAAGAAGGAGAAACUAAAAUCGGUUCAGAUGAAAACAAUACAAAUAAUCAUGACAUCAGUUUAAAAGGCCAGGGUCUAGAAUCCCAACAUUGUAGUAUCAUGCUAGAAAACGGAAUGGCGACUUUGGUCCCAAAUGGGGCUUCAGUUUGUUCAGUCAACGGACAAACUGUAGAUAAGCCUACUCGUUUAUUUCAAGGUUGUGUUUUACUACUUGGACGAACGAAUAUGUUUCGAUACAAUGAUCCAGCCGAAGCAGAAAAAAUGAGAAAGGAAGGUAGUCGUUCAAACGUAAAUCUAAGUAGACUGUCCUUUCUAAGUAGAUCUGCGACCGAUUUGGUUUUGGACGGUUCGCUUAGUAUUUCUGCAAUGGGAGAAGAAAAUACUAUUUUGGAAGAAAAGCGUCGUCAAUUAGAAGCUGAAGAAGCUCGUUUGCAGAAGGAAAGUCAGCUUUUGGUUGAACAAAAAAAGUUACUAGAAGAGCAGAAACAGAGUUACCAACUUCUACAAGCAGAAAAAGAGGAAGCCUGGAAAGCCGAGCAGCUAAACAAGAGUUCAGUGAUACAAUUAGCUCAGAAAGACCUUGAAGAUAGACGUAAAAAAUUGGAGACCGAGUACUCGGCACAUCGGAAGAUUCUUGCCGAAGACUGGAAGAGACUCGAACAACAAGAACAAGAAACAUUGGCCAGCUUACAAUCCAAGGAAAAAGAUCUUAAAAAAAGACGAGAGUUUUUAGAAUGGGAAAUUGAUCAAGAGAUGGAACAGAUUGAAACUGAGGCUCAAAACGUUGAAGCUCUUAGGGCAGAGUUAGAUGCUAAGCAGGAACAAGCUGAGAAUGUUCUCCAAAAUGUAACUUUGGAAUUGCAGCAAAAGCUAGUAGGUCGUUCUGCAGAUGAACUCAAACCCAUCCUCAGAAUGGACGAACCAAAAUUUCAGGAAUACCUUACAUCACAGGCUAGAAAGCUAGAAGACUCGCGUAUAAAUAAUGUAUCCCGUUUAGAGGAGCAAAGAAAUCGCAUUUUUUCCCAGCUAAAUGAAUUUUCUGAAAAACUAAAGGGAUGCGUUGACGAUGAGAUUAAGCUACAGUAUGAAAACCAACGUGACCACCUUUCUCAACAAGCAGAAAAAUUACAGAAUGACAUUAAUCAAGGUGAAAGAGCGUUCGACAAUGAAAAAUCACUUUUAUUUCAAACAACGGAACUAUUAAAGGAGUACAGAGACAAAUUGCUUGAAAAUGGUUUAAGUUGUAAGGACUUGGAAGAUGAAGUUAACAAAAGUAUGGACAAAAUCAUGGCAAGUGAAGACAAAAUGAGUCGGCUAGAAUCUGAUUUAGCUCUCAUUGCGGAUCAAGAAAAACUUAUCGUAACACAAUUGGCUCAUAUUGAUACCAGCAAACAAAAGUUGAAAACUAUAAUCGAAAAUACGGGUGACACAAAAGAUUUCGAAGAUGCUGAAGAACAAAAAUUGAUGUUGGCAACGUCGAAUGAAAAAAUUGCUGAUCUUUCCCAAAAUAACGACACAAGCGCCGAGUGGCUCUCAACAUCACAACCACGACUUCCAAAGACCUCUUCGCCACUGAUUACUAGGGAUUCUUCUCCUAAUCGAAUUGAUCGGAAUAAUGAUGUAAAUAGUGCAAAAUAUGGAGACAUUAGUCCUAUUAAAGCAACAUCAGAUCUAGUGGCUCAUAAACUUAUAUCGACUUCAAAUUCUUUAACGCUUAACAUGAGCCCAACGGACAUUGGUUUAGAGUUGAAACGACUUGUUGAACAAGUAAACGACCAAAAAACUGUCGUGCUAGAAUGUUUGGAAAAUGACUGCGACAAAGAAGAACUCAAUGGACACAUGGCUGUGCUUCAGGAACUUCGAAAUAAGUACUUAGAAAUUGAAAGAUUGCUGGACAAUGCUAGUCGUCAUAGACUUUUGGGAUACGAUGAGGAUGAAUCUACGUUUGAGUUUGACAAGACAGAAGAUUCAACUAUGGCAAAUGACAGUGAACUGGAUGACUCUGAAGUUCAAUCCAGUGUUACUGAUCAUGACGACCUCCAAACUUUGAUUGAUCAAGAAGUAGAAAAACGUCUGUUCGAGAUAUUUGACCAGUUAAAGCAUGGACAAAAGAGCAAUGUAUUUCUCAGAAAUACAAAUCGAUCUUCCAAUCUUCGCAGCAGUUUACCAUCGGGACUAAAUCACUUAAAUGGUUCAGGAUCGGAGGAUGAAGAAUCUAAUGGUCCCCAAACUAAUAUACCUCGGUCAAUUUCAAUGAACUCUGGUGUUUGGGCAUCUUUUGGCCAAGGUGGUGGAGCACUUGAUGUUCCAUCAGAAUUGGUGUCAAUUAAAAUUCCAUCGUAUGUAUUGAGGGGAAAUGGAUCGAGUACACACUUUGAAUAUGAAGUGGCUAUUGUUACCCCGCAUGAAAAAUGGUCAGUUCUUCGCCGAUAUCAACGCUUUCGGGAUUUAAAUUCAUACAUGCGGAAAAAAUAUGGACCAAGAAUUGAACACAUUCAUUUUCCUCCCAAGAAAUGGUUUGGUAGUCGGUCAGAAAAAUUAGCAAAGGAAAGGCAAAAAUUACUCGAGAUCUUUCUUCAAUCCUUAUUGAAGGCUUGUUCUCAAAUUUCAUCAUGUCCACUCCACAACUGCCCUUCCAUCAGAGUGAAAGACGCAUUAACAGCUUUCUCUCCAUUCUUCCAAAAAGGAUUUUUCGAGAGUACUGUAUUUGGAACUUCGUAGUCUUCUUUGUCCAACAACUUCCAGUCACUACUACCAAAGAAAUAUGCAAUCUCGGAAUAACAAAAAGUCAACUAGGUGUCCACACUUUAUUGGCAUUUUUCUUGCUUGACAUAUUACAUAAUUUAAAUUCUAUUGUUUUACACGAAUCUUUUGUGUUUGCUUUGGUUGACUAAAAGUACUCACUGUUCUAGUCACAAUACUAAUUACCGAUAUGUCAUGUUUGAUGUCAUUCAAGAAAUUAUACCGAAAUGUGCAAAAUGUGUUAUUUCUACAGCUUAUAUAAUUAUUAUCAUUAACGUUAAAUUGAUAAGUAAUUUUUGUUUUGUUUGUUUGGUGGUUUAAUUAGUCAACUUUCUGGUGAUUUGUUGAUCUGAAAAAGAUCUGAUAAUAAUUUAUAAACUAUUAAUAUCGUUUAUAUACGACCUAUAACAUUUAUUGUUAAGUGCCUAAUCAAACAACUUAAUUUGCUCAGCCCUUUAAAUGAUUCCUGCUACUAAAUAUGUAAGUGUAAGUACUUUCUCUACUAUUUGUAUUACGAGUAUGCAAAAUAUAUAUAUACAUUAAGAAAUGAAUAUAGACAAGAAAUUAUAUAUCGAAAAGGUCUAAAUUGGAACCAAAACAUGUAUGUAUUUAUUCAACGGCAAGUUAUUGAAUAAAUCUCUAUGCUCAUAAAA